GAUGACAUCCGGUUUGAUGUUGUAUAGACGACUUCUAUGUCCGGGAUUGUCUUCGCCAUGCAUGGUGGACAUACUAUAGCAAGUUCGUGACUUCUCUUUAUUUCCACGCCCAUACUCUUUUAUUUCCCGGAAAAAACCAUGUAGGCAGUAUCCGUUGUUAUAACGUGUUUAAAUAUGAUUGAGACGACUUGAUUCACACAUUCUCAUAAAUCGAAGGCACGAUCUAGCUGAUGGGACCGAGGCAGACACGGAACAAACAGAAUAAUUAAUCAAUCGGCGAAAUAUUAAGAGUUUUCUGGAUCGAGUCACUACCUUAUAUUCAGAUGGAAAGCUCACACGAAAACAUUGAAAUGAGUGAUUCAAGGACUUAUGGCAGAAAUCGCCAUUCCGGAUCUGUUUCGAGGUCUAGUUUUCUUCUUAUUGGAGCCAAUAUUUUGUUAUCGUGUGUGAUAUUGGUCCUGAUCAUCCUAGUGUUUUCCGGUCAGAAAUCUUCAAAUGAGCCUGUGGCUGAAAGUCAAAUCUCAAUGAGCACAUUGGGCGAGUCAGAUCGUGCUGUCUUGGAGCGAUUUCCUGGAUAUUUCCGGACUUCCGAGGAGCAGGAGACUUUGGAAAAAAGCAUUCGACGUAAUAUCCCGGUGAACAUUACGAUUGAUUCUGCCAUCUGUACUAUUGGGGUGGAAAACCCACGUUCAACACCUUGGUGUGUACUGACACCAGCUGUGGAAGAUUUCCAUUCCUGCUGUGUAUCGAAUAUCCAGUAUUCGUCACCAUUAUUUAAAGUAGACAACCGUGGUGUGGAUAGAAAAUUGGCGGUAUUUGGCAACCAACGACAGUUCUUCCGGACAGAAACAUGCGCACAGGUUACUGGAUGUGAACUUUGCACGUGUGAAGUUGAACAGGUACUCUACACCGGUGUAUAUGACACAGAACAAGUAGGAUCAGACAAAAGGUAUGGCGUGGCCUGGUUCCUAUUCGACGGGUGCUGCAAGUGCUACAAUAGAGGGUGACUCGUGUCACAAACUCCAUGACAUUUGUUUGUGAAAUCAAAAUACUAAUUUCUGAUAUUCAACGUAAUACGUUUCAAAGGAUGUGUUAAAUUAAUUGAAGUAAUUAUCAUUAGCUUCAGUAUAAUAACAUACAAGAAACAAUUUCACAAUAUUCCUACGAGAGGCUAUUGUUUGUUAUUGUUGCAAUCAAAUAGUUGUAUCCUGAUUAACAUGUUAUACUAUUGUGUAACACAUCUAUUGGAAAAAGUGUAUUUGCCAUUGAUUACUAUGUUGAAUUUCAAAUAAACUUUAGGUUUACAACGCAACUAAAUGA